AUGAAGGUCUCAUUCUUUAUUGCCGCGGCUCUGUCGCUUAUCCAGGCAGCGUCCGCCGCCAACGCGCCCGUCUUCGUUGGCUGUUACGCGCCCGGUCUUCUUGAGGGCCUCCUUACCAGCACCCUUGGUGGUCUCGUCGGCACUGUCGUUGGUACCACCCAGGCUUCCUGCAACACCGCUUGCGGUAAUGCGAACUUUGAGUACGCCAUGUUCAACGUCGGCAUCACCAUUGGCAUUAUCACCCUCCUUCCCUCGUGUGUCUGUGCCCAGUCCGGCGCGCUCGGUACCACCACUCUCGGCGAGGGCAAGAUCGUCAGUGCCCAGGACAGCACCGGCGUCUCCUGCAUCCCCCCAGGAGUUACCCUUGGCGUGAUCUACCCGAUUUACAACAUCCAGAGGACUCAGGCUGCUGUUGCCACUGCCGACCAGGUCGCUCUUUCCGGCUGCUUCAGCACUGUUACCCUCAGCGGCACUACCACCUCCACCUCCUCGAUCACCAACCCUGAGGCCUGCUUCACCAAGUGCCUCGAUUGGAAGUACGCGACCUUCACCCCUGUCGGAGCGUCGGGCACCUACUCAUGCACUUGUGGUACUGUCGCCACUACCGGAGCCUCCGCCACCUGCGGCGUUAACGUCCCCAUUCUCUACAACAACGCGCUCGCUGUUACGGGCGCUAUGAGUCGCCGCCGCAGGCAGGCGGCCGCCAUUGCCGCUCGCAACGCCAAGAACUGCCCCGCCUCCUACUCUGAAUGCCUCGUCAACGCUGCCACCCCCACCACCCUUGCCUCGUUCGAAUGCAUCGACACCCAGACUGAGCUCGAGUCGUGCGGCGGCUGCGUCAACGGCGUCUACACCGGCCAGGACACUGCCAGCAACAUCACCUCCUCGGGCGUCGACUGCACUGCCAUCCCCGGUGUCAGCUUUGGCUCUGUUUCGUGUGUCCGCGGCCAGUGUGUUGUCUCUCGCUGCCGCAGGGGCUACCACCUGAUCGACGGCACCUGCGAGGCCGACGAUGCCACCCUCAAGAUCCAGGACGGCUCCUCGUACUUCAAGCGCCUGCUCUAG